AUGGCGCUGGGAUGGUUUAGGGGCCCUCGUCAAUGGGCACUCUGGCUGCUGUUUGCUUCCUACGCCUGUGCUUUUUACAUCCCCGGCUACUCCGUCAAACGGUAUAACGACGACGAACCGAUCCCUCUUCAGGUGAACAAGAUCUUUUCCGACCACACCCAACUCCAGUAUGCCUACUAUAACCUACCAUUCGUCUGUCCUCCCAGUGGGAGAACACAUGGCGGCUCCCCGUUUGGCUCAGGCCAGAGCGUGUCGUUGAAUCUUGGAGAAAUCCUCCGCGGUGACCGCAUUAUGACCUCCGACUUUGAACUCCGGAUGGGCAAGAACAUGGAAUGUCAGGCGCUCUGCACUCAGGAAGUCGGGCGCAAAGACGUCAAAUGGGCCCGACAACUUAUCAGGGAGGGCUACGUGGCCGAAUGGAUUGCAGACAACUUGCCUGGCGCAACAAAGUUUGUCACGGUUGACCGCAGCCGCAAAUACUACGCCACCGGCUUCAAGUUGGGCUUCGAGGAUUUUUCGCCCGUCGACGGGAAAAAACGGACUUACAUUAACAACCACUUCACGAUUGUGAUUCGCUGGCGGUCAUCCCCUGAAGGUGGUAAAUACGUGAAUGGCUUCGAGAUUUAUCCGAAAAGUAUCCGGGCGGAGGACCAUGGAGAAAGUGGCUGUCCCCAACAGGUGCACGAGCACCACGACGGCUUGGAGCUGUAUAUCCCCCCGAACACGGCAAAGUUGAAGGAAAUGUACCCGGGGUCGUCUUAUAUUCCUCAGGAUGAUGGCGACGAUGAGGAUGGAGCCACUCUCAAGAUCCCGUAUACAUACUCGGUCUUCUUCAAGGAGGAUAAUAGCGUGGACUGGUCCAACCGGUGGGAUCUGUAUUUCAGCAACCAGGAUGAGGGCUCGAUGACGCAUUGGCUCGCAAUUCUGAACUCGCUGACCAUCUCCGGCGUUCUUGCCGUGGCCGUCUACGUCAUCUGGAGCCGGACGGUACAGGGAGAUAUCAAGGGCCGUGGGGACGGGGCCAUCGACGAGACUAAAUUGAAGGCGCGCAAUGCUGCCCGAAUGAAGAACCUCGAAAGGACCGGCGAGGAGCAAGGCGACGAUGUGGAGCGGGACGCCGAGCUUUCGUCCGACGACGAGGGUCUCGAGGAUGUCAGUGGAUGGAAGCUUCUUCAUGCCGAUGUCUUCCGAACGCCCGAGUAUAGCGGACUUCUUGCACCCCUUGUCGGCUCUGGCAUGCAACUUCUCUUCAUGGCUUCUGGGCUGUUGUUCUUGAGUUGUCUCGGAGUGCUCAACCCCAGCUUCCGCGGCGGGUUCGUCAGCGUCGGCAUGGGCCUGUUUGUUUUUGCUGGUCUGUUCUCGGGGUACUUUUCCGGACGGCUGUAUAAGACAUUUGGUGGUGUGAACUGGAGAAAGAACACUUUAAUCACUGCUCUUUUCUUCCCCGGACUGGCAUUCUCCCUCAUUUUCAUCCUGAAUUUGUUCGUGUGGGCCCAGGCAUCCAGCACGGCGAUCCCGUUCGGCACGCUGAUCGGUCUCCUUGCGCUGUGGCUGCUCAUUCAAGUCCCGCUGGUGUAUGCGGGUAGCUGGUUCGGCUUCGUCCGGACAACCGCAUGGGAACAUCCGACCAAGACCACGUCGAUCCCUCGUCAGGUUCCCCCGCAGCCGUGGUAUCUGCACAGCAUCCAGGGGGCAUUCCUGACCGGACUGGCUCCGUUUGCAGUUCUGUUCAUCGAGCUUCUGUUCGUGUUCAAGAACCUGUGGCAAGACAAGAGUGGAUAUUACUACGUGUUUGGGUUCCUGAGCGCGGUCUCGACCGUCCUGAUCGUCACAGUCAGCGAGGUGACCAUCAUCGCUACCUACAGUCAGCUCUGCGCUGAGAACUAUCACUGGUGGUGGCAGAGUUUCUUGACCGGCGGCAGCAGCGCCUUCUGGGUGUUUGCCUACUGUAUCUGGUACUACGUCUUCCACUUGCACAUUACCGGAUUUGUGUCGAGUCUGCUCUUCUUCAGCUACAGUUUCCUGGCCUGUGCCGUGUACGGGUUAUUAACAGGAACGGUCGGAUUUUUGACGGCGUAUACAUUUAUCCGACGAAUUUACAGCGCUGUCAAGGUCGAUUGA